AUCCGAUUGAAGUCACCAUCAUGUACUACUACCUACUACUCCUACAACUCCUCACCUUCCUCCCCCUCACCACCAGCUACACCGUCGACCAACUCUGGUUCCUCACCACUCACUUCUGGGACAACUUCCUCUACCCAGCCAACACCGCCCAUGUCAAUCCCAACGACACCUCCAUCUUCUCCGACAAUGUCCAAGGCCGCGUCGACGUGACCCGCACCUUCACCAACCGCGACCUCAACAACGAGUAUAUCUUCGGUCUUUUCUCUCAACCCACUCACCCCAGCAUCUUCGGUGUCCCCAUUUCCUACAAUAUCACCGAAUUCGCAGCGACACAAAACACCAUCGCCUCCACCGUUGUCCUCACUUUCAACAUCAGCACGUUCGACCUGAUCAUUCCGGGGGUAAUCACCGCCUGGUUCGAAUUUAACUCGGCUGGACAAAUCACUCAGUACGACGCUGUCUUCCGAUGGCUGGAAUGGCUAUUCGUGCAGAUUCUUCAAGCUGCGGGGCGUAAGUUCCACACGACUAACGAAACGGAGGUUCGAUCGAAAGUGGCGGAUUUGUUUGCCAGGACGAUUUGUCGAACUGAAGUAGAGUAUUGUCUAGGUACGAAUCGGCAGUAUGCGUCUAUGCAGGACUGCUAUGUGUUUCUGACGCAGAAGAUUCGCUUCGGGCAGCCAUACGAGAUGGGGAGGAAUACGUUGCUGUGUCGGGAGGUACAUGAUAAUAUGGUCAGGUUAAAUCCGGAUGUACAUUGUGCGCAUAUCGGCCCGUCUGGCGGGGAUUAUUGUGUGGAUGAUCAGACCUACGAGGGGUCGUCUUGGAGAGGUAUUUCCGGGCUUCGUGGGUGCCGGAUAAUUUAGCCCCGAUGAAUGUGUGGGUGUGGCAGAAUGGAAGUGAAAGCAGAACGGUCUAAUGUGAAGUGAUGGCUAACGAA